AAGCAUAAACCUCAAAAGUCCCUCUUUCCUUCCGUCUUUCCCUCUCUGGCUUUCUCUCUCUCUUUCUCUCUGCUUCUGUUUCCCAUUUGGUACACUUCACGAAAAACAAAUGACAUUCCUCUUCCUAAGGAGAACAUCAUCAAUUACCCAAUAGAAAACUAAACGCACCCCUACCAGAAAAAAAUUCUCAUAUCUUCUAAUUCUAUUGCCCAAAGCUCCCACCUUGAGCUUCAUAAGUAUGUUUAUGCGACGGAAGCAGUCCCAGAAUCAUCAAGAGAAUGAUGCUUCACAGCACGAUGCAAAGGUCAGUGAACUCAAAGCAGCUCUUGGACCUUUGUCUGGACGUAGUUUGACAUACUGUACUGAUGCAUGCAUGAGAAGAUAUCUGGAAGCUCGAAAUUGGAAUGUUGACAAGGCACAUAAGAUGUUGGAAGAGACGCUCAAGUGGCGGGCAACUUAUAAGCCCGAAGAAAUCCGCUGGCAUGAAAUAUCACAUGAAGGUGAGACAGGUAAAGUUUUCAGAGCAAAUUUUCAUGAUCGACAUGGGAGGACUGUGCUUAUAAUGAGGCCAGGGAAGCAGAAUACAACAUGUGCAGAAGAUAAUAUCCGCCAUUUGGUCUAUCUGAUUGAAAAUAGUAUCCUUAAUCUGUCUGAGGGUCAAGAACAAAUGUCUUGGUUAAUAGACUUCACUGGAUUGUCCUUGAGCAACAGUGUCUCUGUUAGAACAGCUCGUGAAAUCAUUAACAUUUUGCAAAAUCACUACCCUGAGAGGCUUGCUAUUGCAUUCCUAUAUAAUCCUCCAAGAAUUUUCGAGGCUUUUUGGAAGGUCAUUAAGUACUUCCUAGAUCCAAAAACAUUCCAGAAGGUGAAAUUUGUUUAUCCAAAAAAUAAAGAUAGUGUAGAGUUCAUGAGGUCUCUGUUUGAUAUUGACAACCUUCCGAGUGAAUUUGGGGGGAAGGCAACAAUGAACUACGACCACCAUGAGUUCUCUCGGAUGAUGGCGGAGGAUGAUGUAAAAACUGCAAAGUACUGGGGAUUUGAUCAGAAACAAAGCCAAAUUGCUUGUGGCCAUUUGGGAGCUCAGGUUGCGCCGGAGCCAACGCCUCUUGCACCCCCAGCUAGCUGAGUUAGUCUGCACAGUGCCAGUACUUGUACCAAAGAAAGCCAAAUACAUGUUCACAAUGAAGUUUGGAGUAGAUUAACUCGAACAACACUUUAUGACCAAGUUUACAGAGACAAUAGAUUUAGAAAUAAAUGCUAAUAUUGUAAUAAUCAUGAACCUUUAGUUAUGAACGGAAUGGAAAUAAAAGAUUCAUAUAACUGAUUCAAUUGA